AUGAAGACAAGCCCAUCAAAGACAGAGGACGAGCAGAAGGAAGACCAACGGUUGCUGGGCGAGAUCAACGCGAGAGCCUUUCCAAGCGGACCUUCAACCCAGCAAGACCUGAUAGACAGACGACGCCAAAAGAAGGAUAAUCAGACCGAAACACUAGCUAGCCAUCAGGCACCAGAGGCAGACCCCAACCAGGAGGAAAAGUCACGUAAAAUACCCUCAAAGUUGGUCGAUCCUUGUCAAGCAGCGCGGAAAGCCUCUCACAGAUGUCUUGAUCGGAAUAAUUAUGAUAAAUCGCUUUGCUAUGACUACUUCGAAGUAUAUAGGGAGUGUCAAAAGCGAUGGGUAGAUUCGAGGAAGAAGUGA